AUGUCCCUCUCUAGACACAUCGACCCGGACGAGCUCAUCGACAAAUGCAAGGACCAUCCUCAUCACAAACACGCAAGUUAUGGGAGUCGUAGGGUGGCUCAUCAAUCUUGGAGUCGCGACGAAGAUGGUCGCCGCUUGCCCAAGUACACUCUCCCCGCCCACGGAAUACCUUCGAAAUCUGCAUACCAGAUCAUCCACGAUGAAACUGCAUUAGACGGCAAUCCGUUGUUGAAUCUAGCCUCCUUCGUUCAUACAUGGAUGCCGGAAGAAGCCAAUGCGCUGAUCAUGGAGAACAUCAACAAGAACGCUGUCGAUCUCGACGAAUACCCUGCCACCCAAAAUAUCCACAAUCGAUUUGCCAAUCUCUGGAAGGCUCCGAAGGGGAGCAAAGUCUUGGGAACGGCCACAGCUGGAUCAUCCGAGGGUUUGAUGCUCGGAGGGUUAGCUCUCAAGAAGCGGUGGCAAGAGGGCCGAAAGGCCGCAGGAAAAGAUUAUUUCCAUCCCAACAUAGUCUUCGGGGCCAAUGCCCAAGUAUGCGUGGAGAAGUUCGCUCGUUAUUGGGAUGUCGAAGCCAGGAUUGUGCCGGUUAGCGUUGAAAGUGACUUCAUCAUGGAUCCCAAGAACGCGAUCCAAUUCAUUGACGAGAACACCAUCGGCGUCGUGGUCAUUCUUGGAAGCACAUACACCGGACAUUUUGAAAAUGUCCAAGAAAUGAAUGAUUUGCUCACUGAACUUCACAGCAAUACCGGGCUGGAUAUACCUAUUCACGUGGACGCUGCGUCUGGCGGAUUCUUUGCACCAUUUGCCUAUCCCAGUUACAAGUGGGCCUUUGAUGUCCCUCGCGUAGCGUCCAUCAAUGUAUCCGGUCAUAAAUUCGGCCUCGUAUACCCAGGCUUGGGCUGGGUGCUUUGGAAGGAUGAAAGCCUGCUACACAAGGACCUCAUUUUCGAACUUCAUUAUCUUGGAAGCACGGAAUUCUCGUUCACGCUGAACUUCUCCAAACCUGCUGCACCAAUAAUUUCCCAGAUGUACAACUUCCUCAAUCUUGGCGUCGACGGAUAUACCAAGAUAGCAAUCAAAGACCUGCGCAAUGCUAGACUACUGUCAAGAGCCCUAGAGCGUACAUACUUCAAGGUUUUGAGCAACAUCCACAAGCCGGCUAUUGCGAACGGCACCCAAUCGGAGGAAAAGGGCGAUGAUCCUGAGCUGUACCAGCGUGGCCUCCCGGUGGUCUCUUUCCGGUUAUCUGAUGAUUUUAUGAAGGAAUACCCCUACGUGAAACAAAGCUGGAUUCAGGGGCCUAAAGGGGCGGAGGACGUGGAAAUCCUACGCAUAGUUGUGCGGGAGACCUUGAGCGAAGACCUCGUUGAGCGACUUGUCGUCGACAUAUUGGAGAUCACAGAGUCUCUCAUGAAUUCAGAAGGGGCUGCAGCCAUGAUGGAGGCUGCGACGUCUUCCAAGGGCAGUCACCAGCCUGACGCAGAGCAUGGCCGUCCUGACCAAACGAACUUUGGGUCGUCGGAUCAUGCCGAACAACAAGAACAAUCGACAUUCUCUCGCCAGUGUUAA